CGGAGCGGGAGCGGAGCUCGGGCUCGGGUCCGGGUCUGGAUCCCGCCGCCCGGCCAGCAGCGCUCCUCGGGCCGCCCCCGGGCCGCGGUGAGGGGCGAGCUCCGGGCCGGGACAAAGGGCCAUGGCCGAGCGGGCCGCUGCCCAGGAUCAGGAGUGGGACAUGGAGUCCCAGCAAUGGACACCUUUCCAGCCCUCUACUGUUCCUCAACAACCUUCUGCGAAAGAGACAAAGCCGAACUCUGCAGAGAUUUCGCUGUGGACUGUUCUAGCUGCAAUUCAAGCAGUGGAGAAGAAGGUUGAUUCUCAUGCCACGCGGUUACUGAACCUGGAGCGUAGAACAGUGACAACAGAAAAGAAAUAUUUUGACUGUGAGAAAACAGUAGUGGAUUUUGGGAACCAAAUGGAGAGUAAGUGGGCGGCGCUGGGAACUCUGAUCCAGGAGUACGGGCUGCUGCAGAGGAGGCUGGAGAACAUGGAGAACCUGCUGAAGAACAGGAACUUCUGGAUCCUGAGACUCCCCCCAGGCACUAAGGGGGAAAUCCCCAAGGUCCCGGUGGCAUUUGAAAACGACUCUGUUUACUUCUCUGAGCAAGAAUGGCAGAACUUAGACGAAUGGCAGAAAGAGCUUUACAAGAACGUGAUGAAGGGGAACUAUGAGUCUCUGAUCUCGCUGGACUAUGCACUCUCCAAACCUGACCUUCUGGCGCGGAUUGAACGAGGGGAAGCGCCCUGCGAGGGGGAGGAGGGAGACGUAGAGGAGAGCGAAAUCCCUGCAGAGCCCAGCACAGAAUCACUGGUGUAUACACCGGACGCGACCUGCCAGAGUGAAGGCGAGGAAGAGCCGUGCAUCAAGGGACAGGAGAACUCAGAGGAAAGAGAGAUCCCGGCUGAACCCCCAGUCGAGUGCGCGUUUUCCGAGCCAAGCUGUGUGUCCCGGGUAAAGCGAGAGGAGGAGCUGUGUGUCGAGGAGCAGGGGCCAUCGGAGGAAGUGGAAAUAUUCUCAGAGCCCAGCACUGAUUAUGCAAUUUCCCAACCUGACAUUUUAUCCUGGAUUGUACAAGAGGAAAAGCCAAGCGUCAGGAAUCCAGGAGCCUUGGAGGAGCGAGAAAUGCCUACGGACCCCGGGCCAGAUUAUGGGAUCCUGAUCAAAACUGAGCAAGAGGAACGCCCUGCCAUCCUGGAAGCACUUGGAACGUUAACAGGAACGUCCCAGGAGGACGUUGGGCAGGGUCCUGAGGAGGGUUGGUGCGGUGCAGUAUCACAGCUGAAGAACCACCCCGGAAGGAGAGGACCAGCUCAGCUUGAAAGAUGUUUCAGCAACAACAAGCCAGUCGCCAUUCACCAGAGAAAGUCUGCCAAAGACAGGCCUAAUAAGUGUGCCGAGUGCGGGAAAGGCUUUAGGCUAAAGAAAAGCCUUAUCAUUCACCAGAGGAGUCACACCAGAGCAGGACCCUAUGACUAUCCGAAAUGUGCCAAGGGCCUCAGUCACAAGCAGCAGUACCUGCUGCACCAGAGAGUCCAGGCAGGCGAGGGAGCCGGCAGCUUGCCAGACCAUCAGCAAAGCGUGCCACAGAUGCUCAGUCUCCAGUCUGACCCGGCAAGAGGCAGAUGCUGUCCAAGCACGGAGUGCGAUAGCAGCUUCAGUCCGAACUCCAGCCUAAGCAAUCCUCAUCUCCUGCAGGCAGGAGAGCGGCUGUACGUGUGCACAGAGUGCAGGAAAAGCUUUCAGCUGCACAUCAACCUCCUCAUACACCAGAGAACCCACGCCGAGAAGUGCCACGGGCCCCUUAUCUGUCCAUACUGUGAGAAAUGCUUCAGUCGCUCUUCCCACCUCAUCCGACACCAGAUGAGCCACACGGGGGAGAGACCCUAUAAAUGCCCAGCAUGCGAGAAGAGCUUCACGGAUAAAUCCAAGCUCACCAACCACUACAGGAUCCACACCGGGGAGCGGCCCUACCACUGCAAGGAGUGCGGCAAGAGCUUCAGCCGCACGCACCAUCUCCUGAAGCACCAGCAGAUCCACACGGGCGAGAAGCCGUAUCACUGCACCCAGUGCCCCAAACGCUUCUCACAGAAGCACCAUCUCCUGGGGCACCAGCGUGUUCACACUGGGGAGCGCCCCUACCAGUGCACGGAGUGCGUCAAAAACUUCACACGGAAGCAGCACCUCCGUGAGCAUUGGCGGGUCCACUUGAGAGAGCCCCCGAGUGCUCCGAACACUUUAGACAUCGGCGGGCUCCUCAAAGUAGCUGCCAUCCAAGCUGUGGACAGGACGGUGGAUUCCCAUGCCACGCGGUUGCUGACUCUGGAGAGGAGAGUGGGGACAGCAGAGAAGAAAUUAGUCGAUUGUGAGAAAACAGUGAUGCAAUUUGAAAGCCAGCUGGAGAGUAAGUGGGCGGCGCUGGGAACUCUGAUCCAGGGGUACGGACGGCUGCAGAGGAGGCUGGAGAACAUGGAGAACCUGCUGAAGAACAGGAACUUCUGGAUCCUGAGACUCCCCCCAGGCGCUAGGGGGGAGGUCCCCCAGGUGCCGGUGACGUUCGAUGACGUCUCCGUCUAUUUCAACGAGCCGGAGUGGGGGAGCUUAGAGGAAUGGCAGAAGGAGCUUUACAAGAACAUGAUGAAGGGGAAUUAUGAGGCCCUGAUCUCCCUGGACUACGCCAUCUCCAAACCUGACCUCCUGUCCCGGAUUGAACGAGGGGAGGAGCUGUGUCUCGGAGAUCGGGGUCGUUCAGAGGAGAGCGAGAUCCCUGCAGACCCCAGCCCAGAAUCCCCCGUCUCUGCACCAGACAUUUCAUUGUGGAUUAACCAGGAGGAGGAUCCGGGCUGCGGGGCCCGAGGGGACUCUGGGGAAAACGAAAUCAGUGGAAGCCCCUGCUCGGGUGAGAUCCCGCUCCAACUUGCAGAGGAGCAUCGUGCCGAGGAGGGGGGCGAGGGCCCAGGCCCCCCCAGGGCGGUUUGUGCAACGUCCAAAGGGACCGUGGUCCAGAGCCCCGGCGAGGGCCCUGCGGCUCGGCAGAGAAGCGUCCUGGGACAGUCGGCUCAGGGCAAGAGGGGCAUUGGGGAGCUCCGAGCGGCCGGGGGCCAGCAGAGAGCCGUGGGGGGCGAGCGGCCCGGCCCGUGUCCCGAGCGUGGGAAGUGCUUGGGGCAGAAGCAGUCGCUGCUAAGCCCCAAGAAGAGCCUGUUGGCGGAGAAGCCCGCCAAGUGCAGGGAAUGCGGCAAGAGCGUCGGCCGGAUUCAGUGCUGCCUCCAGCACCAGCACAUGCCCCCGGGCAAGCUGCCCUUCACCUGCGCCGAGUGCCGGAAGCGCUUCCGCAAGAAGCGGCCCCUGCUCUUCCCCCCCGAGCCCCACAUGGCCGAGCAGCCCUUCUCCUGCCCCGCCUGCGGCAAGGCCUUCAGCCAGCGGGACACGCUCCUGGUUCUGGAACUGGACUUGGAGCAACAGGGUGUGGUGCCUUUACAACCCCUUUCCGUCCCGCAACAAACGGUGAGAGAAACCCAGCUGGGCACAGCAGCAAUUCCCCUGGCUGUAAUGACUUCAGUCCAAGCCGUGGAGAGGAAGGUGGAGGCUCACCUCACACGGUGGCUGAACCUGGAGGGGAGAACGGGGAUGACUGAGAAGAAACUCAUAGACUGUGAGAAGACAAUGGUGGAGUUUGGGAACCAGCUGGAGAGUAAAUGGGCCGUGCUGGAGACUCUGAUCCAGGAGAAUAAUCUGCUGCAGAGGAGGCUGGAGAACAUGGAGAACCUGCUGAAGAACAGGAACUUCUGGAUCCUGAGACUCCCCCCAGGCACUAAGGGGCAGGUCCCCCAGGUGCCGGUGACGUUCGAUGACGUCUCCGUGUAUUUCAACGAGCAGGAGUGGGGGAGCUUAGAUGAAUGGCAGAAGGAGCUUUACAAGAACGUGAUGAAGGGGAAUUAUGAGACUUUGAUCUCGCUGGAUUAUGCCAUUUCCAAGCCUGACAUCUUAGCCCGUAUUGAACAAGGGGAAGAACCCUGUGUCCGGGAUCAGCAGGACUCCGAGAGAGUAGAAAUCCCUGUGGAGCCUUGCACAGGGCCGGAAUCCCCCAUGUUGACAAGUGACGCUCUGUCACAGAUCAAACAAGAGGAGGAGCCCCAUGUGCAGGAUCAAGGUGCUUUGGAGGAAAGUAAAAUCCCAACAGACCCACCACACUGCAGCCCAGAUGUUCCUCAUGGCUUCCUACCAGUUCUCACCGACUGCAGGCAGUUAAUCCCUCCCAUCACCCGUCCUUCCUCCGAGUGUUCGGAGGAGUCAGUGAAGCAGAGCUGGUCUCCUCCUCUUCCCUCUGACGAAGCUGAUGAGGGGAUUGUGAUCAAAACCGAGGUGCAGCAAGUGGAGGAUGUGCCGGGAACGUGGCUGGAGAGAGCGAAAGAGGAAGCUGUCCUGGGAUCUUGGGAGCGUGUCCAGGACCCUGGGGAGGAACGUCCUGAAAACCAGGAGGUGCCGGGGAUGUUGUUGGGAGGAUUUGACGAGGAGGAUUUCCAGGAUCCUGGGGAGGUAACAGCCCGGGAGGUUGCAUGCAGCUCAGGAACCUGGCAGAGAAACCACGCAGAGAGCAGGACAAUGAACGCCGCUCACUGGGGCGGGGCCCUGAUCCACCACCAGAGAAAGAGCACUCGCGAGAGACUGUUUGUGUGCACAGUGUGCGGGAAGAGCUUCAGGCUGAAGAUAAAUCUCAUCAUCCACCAGAAGGGCCACGCAAACGAGCUGCUGUACGAGUGCACAAACUGUGGGGAAAGUUUCAGAGCCAAGCAGAAAUUUCUGCUGCAUCUGCGACACCAGGCAGCUGCGGGGGCCUGCACGCUCUCUGCUCCUCAGGAACGUUCAAGCCAAGCGGCUCCCCCUGAGUCCCAGCCCCGCAGCCAGACGGAAGACGGUUCCAGCGAUAUCGCCAAACGGGUCAAGAGGCUGGGUCACAAACCGAGUCUGAGCAAAUACCAGCCACCUCGUGUGCAAAGGACGUACACGUGCAGGGAAUGCAUGGAGCACUUCUCCAAGAGGAGGUAUCUCGUCGUGCACAAAAGGAUGCACGCCGACCGCAGCAAGGGGUCGCUCAUACUAUGUCCGUACUGCAGCAAGAGCUUCACCCGUCCAUCCGACCUCAUCCGGCACCAGCGGAUCCACACCGGGGAGCGGCCCUACCAGUGUGCCCAGUGUCACAAAACCUUCAACCGGCACCACCACCUCGUGGACCACCAGAAAAUCCACACGAAGAGAGAGCGGCCCUAUCAAUGCAGCGAGUGCGGGAAGACCUACAUCCGCCAGCAGCACCUCCUCAAGCACAAGCACAGCCACAGGAAGAAGAAAUCGUCAGUGAGAGAAGCUCAUGAUCAGACUACAGAGUGUUCCCUGGGGACUGUGAUGGCAGCAGUUCAAGCAGUGGAGAGGAAAGUUAAGUCCUACACCCUGCGAUUGCUGAAUCUGGAGAGGAGACUGGGGAGUGCUGAGAAGAAACUAAUAGGCUGCGAGAAAACAGCAUGGGAGUUUGAUACCAAGCUGGAGAGUAAGUGGGCCAUGUUGGGAACGGUGAUCCAGGAGAAUAAUCUGCUGCAGAGGAGGCUGGAGAACUUGGAGAACCUGCUGAAGAACAGGAACUUCUGGAUCAUGCGACUCCCCCCAGGCGCUAAGGGGGAGGUGCCCCAGGUGCCGGUGACGUUCGAUGACGUCUCCGUCUAUUUCAACGAGCAGGAGUGGGCGAACUUAGACGAAUGGCAGAAAGAGCUUUACAAGAACGUGAUGAAAGAGAAUUAUGAGACCCUGAUCUCCCUGGAUUCUGCUGUUUCCAAACCUGACAUCCUGUCUCAGAUUGAGCGAGGGGAAGAGCCCUACCUAAGGGAUCAGCCAGGAUCCCAGGAUAGAUCAGGAGAAAAAGAUCAGAGUGAAGAGGGAUCAGAGGAAAAUGAAGUCCCUAUAGACGCCUACCCAGGAGAUGGCCAGUUAAUGACAAAAGAAACCAGGUUUGAUGGGGAUUGUGAACCUGAAAAUCUGGAGGCAGAGGGGGAAUUACCAGGAAGACCCAGAGAGAAGGUCCUCCAGACCUUGGCUGAGGCUGAGAGCCAGCUGUGCUCUAAGCAGCCAGACCCUGAGAAGAAAAGGUGGUGCGACUCCACUGAAGGGGAGAGUGGCUUAAAGACGCUGAGUGUCUGCCCGCGGAACCGCCCGAGGGACAGACUAUACCCUUGUACAGAGUGCGGGAAGAGCUUUCGGCUGAAGAUCAACCUUAUCAUUCACCAGAGGAGCCAUGCAAACGAGGGGCCGUACGAGUGUCCUGAGUGUGAGAUCCGCUUUGCUUCCAAGCAGCAUCUUGCUCUGCAUCAGAGGAUUCACACAGGAGAGGGAGCUCCGGCACCUGGACUUGGGGAAAGCAGCGAUCUGAAGCUGAGACUCUGCCCAGGAAUGGAGGCCAAGGGAACCGCCCGCAGAAGCACGAGAAGCAAAUCCGGCAUCGGGGAGCACCGGCCGAGCCACACUGAUGAGAGGCUGUACAUGUGCCGCCCGUGUAAGAAACACUUCUCCCAGGAGAUAGAUCUAACGAGGCACCAGAGGACUCACAGCAAGAUCUUCCCAACGUGCACCGUGUGCUGGAAGACGUUCACCUGCUCCUACAGCCUCCGCAGGCACCAGAUGGUCCAUUCUGGAGAGAGGCCGUAUCACUGCCCCGACUGCGAGAGACGCUUCGCCCGCAAGCUGAACCUCUUGCGGCACCAGAGGGUCCAUGCCAGGGAGAAGAUCCUGAGGAUGCGGCGAAUGCACCGACAGAUCGCCCGGCAUUCACCGCCCUCUGAAGCUCAGGAGUGGGAUGCAGAGUCGCAGCGCCCGAUGUCUUCACAGCCUGAACAAACGUCGGUGCAAACAGCAGAGAUUUCGAUGUGGACCCUAGUGGCUGCCAUCCAAGCUGUGGAGAGGAAGGUGGAUUCGUUGGCCACACGGUUGCUGAGUCUGGAAGGGAGAACUGGGAUGGCUGAGAAGAAAAUAUUCGAGUGUGAGAAAACCGAGUUGGAGUUUGGGAACCAGCUGGAGAGUAAAUGGGCCGUGCUGGGAACUCUGAUCCAGGAGUACGGGCUGCUGCAGAGGAGGCUGGAGAACAUGGAGAACCUGCUGAAGAACAGGAACUUCUGGAUCCUGAGACUCCCCCCUGGUAUUAAUGGAGAAGUCCCCAAGGUGCCGGUGAUGUUUGAUGACAGCGCCGUCUUCUCCCAGGAGGAGUGGGAGAACUUAGAAGACUGGCAGAAGGAGCUGUACAAGAAUGUGAUGAAGGGGAAUUAUGAAUAUAUGAUCUCACUGGACUAUGCAAUUUCCAAACCUGACAUCCUGUCCCGAAUUGAGCGAGGAGAAGAGCCGUGUGCAAGGGGUCAGCAGGAGUCGGAGGAAAGAGAAACCACUGCAGAUCCCAGCCCAGCGUCUGCGCCGUCUACCCUCGAAAUCGCCGCUCAGAUUAAACAAGAGGAAGAGCCAAUGGCUGAGGAGCAGGAUGCAGAAGGAAGAGAAGCCCCUGCAGAGCCCGUGGCAGGCCAGCGUGAGCAGCAUUGUCUCUGUGACAGGCCUCAGUCGCAGCAGGAAGAAGAAUGCUGCAUACCCCACAGGGCAGUUUAUCCCUCCGAACAGUCAGCCGACGCCUGGCUCGCCAGCCACGAGAAGAACAAGGAGCAAGAUUCGCAGGAGCUGGAGCCGCACUGGACUGCGGCCCAAAGACCGGAAGAGAAUAUUUACCAUAGCGCCGAGCACGGCCCGCCCUCCAACGGGCCAAACGUGACCCUGGCAGUGCAUAUGCCAGAGAAACCCACCCAGCACGAGAGAGACUUCAGCCCCUUGAAAGCCAGCACCGUGUGCCCAGGGGCCCCCGCAACGGAGCGGCCCUACCUCUGCCCCGAGUGCGGGAAGUGCUUCAGCCGCAGGAGCAUCGUGCAGCACCAGCGCACCCACACGUGUGAGCGCUCCUACGUGUGCCCCGAGUGCGGCAAGGGCUUCACGCAGCAGUCCAACCUCACCAACCACUACCGCACCCACACGGGCGAGCGCACCCACGUGUGCCCCGAGUGUGGCAAGGGCUUCAUCCACCAGUCCACGCUCACCACCCACCUCCGCACCCACACCGGCGAGAAGCCCUACCAGUGCAGCGUCUGCGCCAAGUGCUUCAGCCGCCUCUCCACCCUGCUGGAGCACCAGCGCACCCACACCGGCGAGAAGCCCUACAAGUGCCUGGAGUGCGAGAAGCGCUUCAGCCGCCUCUCCACGCUGGUGGAGCACCGGCGCACGCACACCGGCGAGAAGCCCUACAAGUGCGCCCAGUGCGAGAAGAGCUUCACCCGCCUCACCAACCUGACCGUGCACCAGAACACCCACGCCGGCGAGCGCGCCUACAAGUGCACCCAGUGCGGCAAGAGCUUCGCCCAGAAGCCCUACUUCCUCAAGCACCUGCGCAACCACACCAAGGAGAAGCUCUACAAGUGCUUGGAGUGCGGCAAGAGCUUCGUCUGCCACUCCUGGCUGGUGCGCCACCAGAUGAUCCACACGGGCGAGCGGCCCUACCAGUGCGGCGAGUGCGGGAAGAGCUUUGUGCAGAAGGAGCACCUCUUGAAGCACCAGCGCGUCCACACGGGCGAGCGGCCCUUCCAGUGCUCCGCCUGCGCCACGAGCUUCCGCUGCCAGCAGUCCCUGAGGCUGCACCAGUGCGCGCACGCCGGCCAGCAGGGCGGUGCGCCGGCCGCGUCGGGGGCCGAGUUCAAGAGCCAGCUGCUGUACCUGAAAAUGGAAAAUCCCGGCUAGUAGGGGGGCGAGCCCUGCGUUGGGAGCUGCACGGGGAGAGCCUCCCCCAGAGACUAGCCAGAUCCGCCCCAUGUGAAACAAUGCAGUGAAUCCCACGCCCUCUCUGCGUGCCGGAUGGGAGGGGAGCGCUGGACGCGAGGGGCAGUGACGCAAGACCGUAUUGAAUGUGAGCUGCAAGCAGCCGUUACGUGCCGCGCCCGGGGAAGAGACCCUGCGACGGACUGGACAAUGCGUUGGAAGCAUCCAAGUGGCCGCAGCUGUUUUGUACGAACAGUCUCCUGACCGCUGGCACUGCCGGCGAGUACGUCGCCAGCAGGCUCUGCUCUGCGGGGAUGGCGCAGCUCAGGCCUACGAGCGGCUGUAACGUGAACGACUUCCUGCCACCACUGAAGAAGUGGAGCACAGGCUGUUGGGAGUGAGUGUCAGCACGUCGGCAGGAGUGCUGGGUUAACAGUACUUUGUCCUCCAGGGUGCUACCGACAAAUGCGCUCUGCUUGCCCGCACUGGGUGGCUUCCCGCAGUCAGUACGGCUGGGGGCUCGGAGGUGUGGCUGAGAAGUGCCUGCAGUUACACUGCAAGCCAGGGGCAGAGCCAGGUCUACACUACAGGCCGCCUAUGCUCUUACCACUUGGCCUCACCACCUUCAGCCCUCCUGAAAUGGAAGCUGAGCUCCGCCGUGCCGGACGAGAGCAGGAAUGCGGUGUCCGGCUUGCUUGCCAGUCCGGGGAAGCGAUUGGCAAACUGGAAGCAGUGAUUUCUGUUCUGUUGGUGACUGGUUCUAUUUGUGACACUCCUGCUUCCCACUGCAGCUGGUGGUGGGGGUGGUACCCUCAAAUACCCUGGAGCAGCAGCAAAAAAUAAAGUUAAGCUGGGUGCUCAAAGCGUG